UAUUCCAACUGCAUGCUUGUUUUAUUGAAGAGCAGAAGAGUUGCACCUUCCACAUUCAGGCUAAGCAAAAAUGGGCAGUUCACAUAGCCAGACUUACACACUCGCAGAGGAUAUACGGAAACCAGCCGUAGGGGCUACCAGUUUGGCAGCAGAGGAGCCAUCAGCCCACAAGCGCCACCAUCACGGCUCUGACGCAGAGCAAGAUGCCAAGAAAAUUCACAGUGCCUGCAAAGGAGCAGGAACCAAUGAAAAAAAAAUUAUUGAAGUUUUAUCAAGUCGAACAUCGGAGCAGAGACAACAAAUAAAACGGAAGUACAAGGAUUUGUAUAGCAAGGAGAUGGAAGAGGACCUGAAGGGAGACCUGAGUGGGAAUUUUGAAAAGGCUGUGCUGGCUUUGCUGGACUUGCCCUGCGAGUACGAGGCCCGAGAGCUUCGGAAGGCGAUGAAGGGAGCUGGGACAGAUGAGUCACUGCUGAUUGAGAUUCUCUGCACACGGAACAAUAAGGAAAUUGUAAACAUAAAGGAGGCCUACAAACGUCUGUUUGACAGGGAUCUAGAGUCUGAUGUUAAAAGUGACACCAGUGGCUCCCUACGGAAGAUAUUGGUCAUGGUGCUAGAGGCAGCCCGAGAUGAGACCCAGCAGGUCAAUGCAGAGCUGGCUGAGCAAGAUGCCUCAGAUCUGUAUAAAGCAGGAGAAGGCCGUUGGGGAACAGAGGAGCUGGCUUUCAAUGUGGUCCUAGCAAAGAGAAGCUAUAGCCAGCUGAGAGCCACUUUUCAAGCCUAUGAAAAGGUGUGUGGGAAGGACAUAGAAGAAUCCAUUAAAAGUGAAACAUCUGGAGAUCUGGAGAAGGCUUAUCUGACUCUAGGUAAAAAUCAGCUGUGCCAAAGACUGCCCAGGCUACUUUGCCACACUUUUGCACAAGUCGAUGAAAGGAGCUGGGACUGAUGAAGAGACCUUGAUUCGCAUCCUUGUGACCAGGGCUGAGAGCGACCUGCCAGCAAUAAAGGAGAAGUUCCAGCAAAUGUACAAGAAGCCGUUAGCUGAAGCUGUCCGAUCUGACACCUCUGGGGACUUCAGAAAGUUGCUGCUGGCAAUUUUGCACUAAAAGCCCAUCAAGAAUGAAGAGGCAUGCUGAGCAGCCAUCUCUUGAUUAGUUUCCAAAAAAACCAUCCAAAAAAUGUGGCAUUAGCACAAAGUAAAAAAUCCAAUUUAUUUUCUUUCCAGCUGGGAAAUAUGUUGCCAAUUAAUGUUGGAUGUGAGGUUUAUGUUAUGGCUGUCUUGCCAAAUGCCCUUAAGCAAUAAAGACAUGUU